AUGCAAAAAACAAGUGAACAAAGCGAAUUAUUUGAUUAUUAUGGACAAAUCUUUCUGAACUACAAUAAUGUAUCUAACAAAAAAAAAAUCUCGGAUUCAGGAAAUUUUUCCAACAUGAAAUAUAAAAUUGAUCAAAAAACAUUUGAAAAAAACUCAAGUGCUACAAAAAGUUGUCAGUGCAUUAUUAACACGGAUAAAAUAAUUGAAGAACUAGAGUUAAAAAGUUACUUGGACUUCGAAAAAAAAACUUGUUGCCGUGAUUAUUGUAAAAUAAAUGGAAAUAAUAUUAGUUUUGAUGAAAAAUUCAAUGGCUGGUCAAGAUAUCCUUUAAAAAUAAGUAAAUUUGAAGAAGAAAACGUUAAAAAUUGGGACCUUUCUUACCAUGGGACAACUCAUAAAGCAAUAAAAAAUAUAUUAAAAGAGAAAAAGUUAGUAAUUCCAAAUAAUAAAACUGUUCAUAUUCGAAAAGGACAUAUCCCAAACCAGUUUUUUAUUUUUACUUCACCAUCACUUUUAUAUGCAAGCUUUGGACUGUACUCUGCACCAUUUAAAAUAAAGGAGUGCCAAAAAUGGUGGCAAAUUGUCGUUGAAAUUGUUCAAAAACCUAAUUCUUAUGUUAAAGAGUGGGAAACUAGUGGAUUAGGUAGUUAUGAAUUUGACAAAUAUAUAGGAAAUAAUGAGCUUGAAUGGAAAUCCAAUCAAGAAAACAAGAAUUUAAUUAAAGCAGUUUUAGUGAGAGAAAUAAAAAAUAUAGAACCUCCUAUUUGCCAAUAUCCUGUGGGAACAUAUUUUUUGCAUGAUGAUAAAUGGUGGUAUCAACCUUAUGAUGGAAAUACUCCUUUUUGUCCUAAUGAAAUAUCUUCUAAUUGUAAUUGUUAUUUGAAGAGAGGAUCCCGAAUUAAAGGGAGCAUUUGUCCAAUAGUUAAUUUUAGAUUUAGUCAAUUAAAGAAAAAACAAAUCUAUACAUCAAUAGAAAAAUACUUGAGAUCAUUUCAAAUGUUGAAACCUAAUGAAAAUAAAUCAAUUAGUAAUUUCGAAAAAGGUCUAUCGCAGAAAAUCCUUAUUAAAAUGAAUCAAAACUAUAUUUAA